UCCAACUGGAAUAGUACUGUGGUAUCCAGGCAACAGCCCUGACGCAACCACACACACAUUGAGAAGAAGUCCUUUGAACAAAAAAAAAAAUCCCCACACAUUUUUCAAAGCCAAGAGAGACACAGACAGUAACCUGGAGGUGGGGAGAGUACGAGGAAUUGCUGCUGAUCUGCACGGAUUCAAGUUGGAAAACAGAGUGAUGCCGAGCAAGAAAUGAAAUCACAUCCCGAGAAUAUCAAUGGGGGAAGUCCUCCCACACCCCUCGACGCCUGAUGGUUCUCUGUGUUUCUAAAGGAGUAUCCUGAGCUGAGGAGAGAGAAAAACUGAGGUUUCUGGCCCAAAGGAGCUUUGGAGCAGGGAAUCAUUGUGUGGAUGGUAUUGUCUGGAUCAUAGAUCCCGCUGUUACCCUUCUCAUGAAUGUUUAUGAGAUUCCACAAGAAAAUAAGAUGUCUCUUCCAAAAAUUCAGAUUGAAGAAAUGCUGGACAGUGUGGAUUAUGAAACCAGAGAUGGACCUCCUUCUGAUGACUACCUGAGGAAUCUGAAAGCUCUGACAGAGAAAUUGAGGCUGGAGACAAGGAGACCUUCCUAUUUGGAGUGGAAGGCCAAAUUGGAAGGGCUGACAUGGAAAAGCCACCCCCAACCCCCUGAGGAAGCUGAGAAACAAGACAAGAAGCUGACCGAGGAAAGUGUGACCAUCCAGGAGGGGCAGGUACACAUCAAUGGGACCUCUUCCAAAGAGCAAGUGAUUCUAGCAUCAAGUAAAAUCAGUGGCUUUGAGAAUAUCAGUGAAGCUCUAAAUUGGCUUAGGAAAGAACUGAUGGAAAUGCGCCUCCAGGAUCAGCAGUUGGCUCGGCAGCUCAUGCGCUUGCGCAGUGAUAUCAAUAAGCUCAAGAUUGAGCAGACGUGCCACCUUCACCGGCGUAUGCUGAACGACGCUACCUACGAGUUAGAAGAGAGGGAUGAGCUCUCUGACCUCCUCUGUGACUUCCCGCUCACAUCUUCCUUCAGCCUCUCCACUCCACUAAAGCUCAUUGGCGUGACAAAAAUGAACAUCAACUCCCGGAGGUUCUCGCUUUGUUAGAGGGAGGGAGGUUGAGCUCAAGAAAUGGGUUUGGUGGGAGGAGCUUAUCAGAAGGAGGCUCUUUGUUGCUUUGUCUGACUGGAAGGCUCAGGAGAGAGCAGCAGAAGAUAAGGGAAGACAGACAGAAACUCACAAGCACUCUUCCACUAGGCCAAUAUAUGGCUGGGCUGUGGUGACUGUAAAGAUUACAGGACGAACUCCAAAUGAGAACAACGUGGUGCCUAAAAGAUUAAUGCUAGAGACCCAUGGUCCUGCAGUCUGAAAUAUGCUUAUAAUUGCACUGGAAGAAGUGUGGAAGAAAAAAAUAGCUGGGGGUCCAAAUUUAAGGAUAGUGUGGGAGAAACCCAGCCAUGCUCUGUUACUAAAGCUCUCUGGCCUACUUCAGAUCUGAUGGGGUGGUAAGAAACCCAUACUGCUGCAAUAAAAAGACACACUCAGUUUCCAAUGGAGAGGACCCCUCUUGCCACAGUAUCAGUUAAACAGCAGAGACGUCUAACAAUUGUUACGAACAAAGAUCAGCGCCGUAGGAUCUCCAUUUUCAGAUGCAGAAUGCAGAUGCUAGAGACAAGCCCCAGCAGAUGGCAGUCACUGUCUCACCUUAAUUUUGAACUCCCAGAGCCAUCUCGUCAGGGAAUGAUGGAGACUGAAGUCCAGACUUCCAAUAAUGGUGGGCCAAGGGGACUGCACCUGAAAAGGCACUGGGGUUGGGUAGGGAGAUGGGAUGGACAGGACACGAUAGGACACAAGAUCUCCUGGAAUCACCACACCAUGUCAGAGAUCUGGAUCAGGGCCUUGCAGCAAUUUUUAAAGAACUACAAAUGCUGUAAAAUAGUGUAGGCAGCCACAGGAUGGACCUGUGCCGACUAACUCUUACAGUUUGGAUCAUAGUUCUGGAUUAGAUAGAUCAGUGGUUCUCAGCCUGGGGGUUGGGACCCCUUUGGGGGUCGAACGACCCUUUCACAGGGGUCGCCUAAGACUCUCUGCAUCAGUGUUCUCCAUGUGUAAAAUGGAUAAAUGUUACGAUUGGGGGUCACCACAACAUGAGGAACUGUAUUAAAGGGUUGCAGCAUUAGGAAGGUUGAGAACCACUGAGAUAGAGCUUUGGUUUGAUCCAACCUACUAAUUUAUUUGCCCUUAAUCCCAAAGAUAUGCAUAUGGUGCCAGCUCUCCAAAUAUGCAGUCACCCAGUGCAGAUACAUUCAUGUACAACAACAAUGUACACACCAUCACAUAUCUAGCAGGGCAGACAACACUCCAGGCAAAAUAAAAUUUGCCCUAGCUUAUUUGGAUGCAAGGUCAGGGCUCCUUCUCCUCUCAGCCAUUUUUGAAAGCUGUAUCCUUCCUGGACCCUGUUCUUCUAAUAUCCACUGUGCUCGACUCUUACACCCUCCUUGGGGUGCACAACUCCAUUCUAGAAGGCUUCACCACCCGGUUCCUCCCAGAGUCCCACAUUUUUCCUUUCAAGAGCUGGCAAGUCCAAUAGCACAAAUGUGCUUCAGCCCAAAACUCCGUGGCCUUCCCUCAAGCCUCCCUCCAAGUUGUGUACUGUGUGGUUUUUCAGGCCUCCCUUUGAAGUUCUGUCAAGCCCCAAAUUCCCAACUGCGAGCUUCUGUUUAAAGAUGAAGCCUAAUAUGUAUUUAUGACAUCAGGUAGCUGAAGAAUAAUUCAUUAGGUGCCAAAUGCACCUCACCAGAUAAUCAUCCUCUUUUCUUCAAGGAUUUUCCAUCACUGUCAAUCACACUGCCACACAAAUACACUAAACAAUCUCAAUCUCUCUCCCCCUCCCCCCAUUUCCAAAGCUGCCACAUGACCCAGUUGUCUAGGCACAGGGCAUAUUGCCUGGUACCUUCUGACUGCCCGGAUUCCCAGAUUUCAUUUAUUUUUUUAAAAGUAAAUCUUUAAUUUGUGCAGGGGAGGGAUGGUGGCAUGUAUAGCCCUAUCUCAUCCGUUCCUGAAAGUUAAGCGGGGCUAGUAUUUGGAUAGGGGACCACCAAGGAAGACUCUGCAGACUCUUCUUCUCACUUGCUUUGAAAUCCCCUUGCUGUGGUUGCCAUAAGUUGCUUGUGACUUGAUGGUGCUCACCUACAUAACCCUUCCAGACCCAGAGAUAUGAUGCAAAACAAAUUACUCAAUUAGUAGCGCGAAGGAAGCCUGCUCCCAUCUACCAUUGUUCUAGUUGGUGUAGGAAGUCACAACUAUGAUGAAUAUGCUUACUACAUCUCUUCCUUGCCAACAUCACUGUGAUCUGAAAAGAAAGCAUUGGCAACAUGGCUGGGGAAAAUAUUUUUUUGUGAUAGUGUUAGGAACAGACACAGUAACUGGUGGAUGACAUAUCCAGUUAUGUGCUUGAUUUUGCAUAAUUAGCCCGUUUGUGUAGUAUGACAAAUUAGGUCACCUGGAUUUACAGGACUGCUGCUCUCCUUCUACCAAAAGUACCUUCUUGAACUGUGGCUUUCUUAACUAAUCGCAACACUAUUAGGCUGCAGCAAGAAGACAACGCCCCAAAGAUUUUAAUCUGUCUGGCGCAUGAGACAUAUUGAAAUUGUAUUCAUUGCCUUCAUUAAAGUUUGCAUUGCUCAAUUUAUUUUGCAAAAAGGCAAUUACCAUUACGUUGGGGAUAUGUUAUAUAUAAACAUCCAUUCAAACUUGGUCCUGAGUUUGCCCACCUGCACCUGUGCCUGCUGAAUUUUAAAGGAUUAUUGUUUAAUGACAUUUCAUUUUUUGACUCUGAUCAAUGAAAAAAAAUGGGAUAAAAGGGAAAAAAACUGAAGUGCAGAAUUAAAUAAACCAUUUAAACAGAA